AUGGGCUCAUACUGGAGUGCUCGUGAGAGUGAAGAAUGCCCAUGCUGCUCACUCUCAGUGAAAAUCAUUAGAAUGAGAAAUCUGAGAAAGGUAGACCUGUUUAGUCAAACUGAUUGCUACGUAAGCCUGUCCUUGCCCACUGCUUCCCCUGAGACCGUCCGAACCAAAACUGUCAAGAACUGCAAAGAUCCAGUGUGGAAUGAAACAUUUUGCUUCAGGAUCCAGAGACAAGUAAAAAAUAUUCUUGAGCUGAAAAUCUAUGAUGAAAAUUCAGUCACUAAAGAUGACCUUCUCUUCACUGUCCUCUUUGAUGUUGCUAAAAUCCAGCUUGGAGAAACUGUUCACUUGACUUUUCAGCUAAAUCCAAAGACACAAGAGACGCUGGAGGUUGAAUUUGCAUCGGAGAGCAUUCCAGUUCCUCCUGAAAAGCUUGUCACUAAUGGUGUAUUAGUGUCUCGUGAAAUUUCCUGCUUGGAAGUCCUAGUGGACAACAGACAGAUGAAAAAAGAACCUUCAGAAAAAGACUUCUUGUUCUCAGUGAAGGGAUCCUACGAAGAGAGCCAGACCCUGUCACUGAGCUCUUCCAGGCAACCUGUGAAGUCCCUGGACUUUCAUUACAUCAAGUACAGCCUGUCAGAGCUGCGCGUAGCUCUAGCACAGAAGAAACCUCAUUUCCCUUUGUGUACUUCAGAUGAAGAGAAAAAAGACUGCCAUGCGUCCCUCACUAUUCCUCUGGACUCACUCCCCUUCAAGGAGAAAGUAGCAGUGGCAAAGGAUGAAGCAAUCAAUUUAGAUGUGAAGUCAAAUGACUGGUCACAAAACUUAGAUGUUCGCUUGGAGUUUGAUCUGUGUACAGAGGAGAAAAAUUUCAUGCAGAAACGGAGGAAGUUUGUGGCUUCUGCUCUGAAAAAAUCACUUCAUUUAGAGCGAGACCUACAGGACCAUGAGGUACCAGUUGUGGCAGUCAUGACAACAGGAGGUGGCACCCGGGCACUGACAUCUUUGUUAGGCAACCUGUUGGGUCUUCAGAAGCUGGGUCUCUUAGAUGCUAUUUCAUACAUCACUGGGUCAUCUGGUUCAACAUGGACCUUGUCACACUUGUAUCAGAGCACUGACUGGUCACACAAGGAUCUGUCCAGACAGAUUGGUGAAGUCCGCAGACAUAUGACCAAGUGCAAACUAAGCUGCUUUUCCCUGGAGAGCUUGAAGUACUAUGACAAGGAGCUAAAACUGAGGAAGCAAGAGGGAUACCAGAUCUCUAGCAUUGAUUUAUGGGGGCUUCUGCUGGAAAAAGCGUUAAGUGAUGGGAAAAACAACCACAAACUCUCAGAUGAGCGACAGGCAUUGAGUCAGGGUCAGAAUCCCUUACCUAUCUACAUGAUCCUCAACAUCAAAGAAGACUACAGCCUUCCCGAGUUCAAAGAAUGGGUGGAGUUCACCCCUUAUGAGGUCGGGUUCUUAAAAUACGGUGCCUUCAUUCGUGCAGAGGAUUUUGGCAGUGAGUUCUUCAUGGGUCGCCUGAUGAAGAAGCUCCCUGAAUCCCGCAUCUGUUUCAUGAAAGGCCUGUGGAGCAAUGUUUUUUCCUACAACCUCUUGGAUGCCUGGCAUUCGUCAGAUCCUACAGAAAGGUGCUCACUGAGAUGUACACAACACAGGACUAUUGAUGUUGAAGGAGAUGAGCCUUCCUCAUCAGCAUGUGGCCAUGAGCUGGAGACUUACUUAGUCAACCCUGAAUGUGGCAUCAUGGGCAUCAUUCGGCAGGUCCUGUCUGAGCGGGUGAUGGUUUCAAAGUUCUACAACUUCCUGAAGGGGUUCCAGGUGCACAAUGAAUACCUUCAGAGCAAAAACUUCUGUAUAUGGAAAGAUACUAUACUAGAGAAUUUCCCCAACCAGCUGACAGAAACAGCGAAGUUCAUACGCCUGGCAGACACAGCAGGAUACAUUGAUAUCAGCUACCCACCGCUCAUGAGGCCAGAGAGGAAAGUGGAUGUUGUCCUACACUUAAACUAUUCUUCUGGAUCACAGACAUCGCCUUUGGAAGAAGCCUCCAAGUACUUCCUAAAGCAGGGAAUCCCAUUUCCCAAAAUCCAUAUGAGUGAAGAAGAAAAGAAAAAUCUAAAAGAGUGCUACAUCUUUGAAGACACAGAGAACCCAGAGGCACCGAUAGUGGUGUUUUUCCCACUGGUGAAUGACACCUUCAGAAAAUACAAAGAGCCUGGUGUGGAGCGCAGCCUUGAUGAGAUGGCACAGGGCAAGGUGGAUGUUUCCAGCAUUUUUUCCCCAUACUGCAUAAGCAGUUUUACAUACACAGAGGAUGAGUUCGACAAGCUGAUAGAACUGACCAGCUACAACAUUCAGAACAACAAAAAUCUGAUCCUUCAGGCUCUGAAUUCAGCUGUAGAGCAGAAACGACAGCACAAAAGAUAAAUGCCGAUCUGAGUCUCGGAAAGAUGCCUGUGUAACUUUG